AACGCAGCACGCGGAUGCUACGCUUCGUGUUGUUGUUUUUAUUAUUUUUGUGUUUCUUUCUUGUGGCCUGCGUUUACAAAAGCACAAGCACUCUCUUAAACUUUGAAUUGUACGGGUACUCUCUCGCUCUCUCUCGUUCGGUGUGUUGGCUCUCUUGGUGGUUGCUCUCAGCUCGCAUGACGACGACUGCGACUGCGACUGCUGUUGCUUCUGCUGCUGCUGCUGCGGCUGGCGGCAUUGCUGUUGUUGUGUGUUGUUCUUGAGUUGGCGUUGUCGCUGGCUGCUGCUUCUGCUGUUUGUUGUUGUUAUUGUGGUGGUCUCGGUCUCGGUCUCUGUUUUCUGUUUCGGUUUCGGUUUCGUUUGUCUGGCCGCUGCUGCUGCUGCUGGUUUGAUUUUUGUGCGCUCCGCAGCGCCGUCGUCGCUCUGCAGCUGCGUUCGUGCGCUUUUUGAAAAUAGUUACAAGAUGCUCAUCGAAGUGAGUAGAACGCCGGAGCGGUAAAUUGGACAAAGACCAAAAAACACCAAAAUAAUAUAACAGCAACUACAACAACAACAACAACUCACCAACGCAGACGCCGUUUUUUGGUUGAGUUCAAGACAUCGCAAUAUUGAACUGUAACUUCCAACAACUGCAACUCAAAACUCAUUUCUCAGUUCUCAAAUGCAAAUUGCAACUGAUACAAAAAUUUAAUCAAAUAAAUAUAAAUAAAGUGUGAACGCUGAUAAAACAAAACAACAAAUUCGAGCUAAAAGCCACAUGUGUUGUGUCCACAAAAAAUACAAAAAAAAUAAAUAAAAUAAAUUUUGAAAUACGAAGUGCAAGUUGCAACAAAAUACAACAAAUAAAAUAAUUUUAAUUUAAUUAAAGUGGCGCGAGUUUUCGCAAUUCAAUCAUCGCACAACAGCUUUAAAGUCCAUGUCCAAGUAAAGUGCAACCCAUGCGGAGCUGCUGUUGUUAUUUUUAAAUCGCUGACCGCAGAGAAUCUAACGCUAAAAAUAAAACGGACCAAAACAAAAUAACACCAACAUACUAAAUACAAAAUACAAAAAUAAUAACGAAACACGCGUCGAGUUUUUCCUUCUCUCUACCACAAAUAUAUAAAAAUACCCACAAAAAACGCAAAGGGUAAAAACUCGAAAGUGACAAACACCAGCAACAACAACAACAACUGCGGCAACAUCAUCACCAGCAACUACUGCAACUGCAACACCAGCAACGCUUGCAACAAAUUGGAAAUAAAAAAAAAACCUCAGAAAUAAAAUAAAAUAAAAGUGCGUGCAGCGGCAUUUUCCACAUCUGACAUGUUCAGGGCCAAUGACAAACCCAGUUUAUCUAUUGUUAAACAUUAGGAAAGUGCAGCAAGAAUUCUGAAAGAGUGCACACACUCAGAAGUGUGGCAACAUGGACCUGCCCUCGAUGGUGCAACGUUCUGGCGAUACGCUCAUUGUGCGCAGCGUUGUCAGUGGCAAUCAGCUGUACAUGGAGCAGGGACACAAUGCAACCAGUAGCAACCAUAACAACAGCAACAACAGUAACACAAGCAACACUAGCAACAACAGCAACCAUAGCGGUAACAGCAACAACACAACGCCACCGUUGGGCAACGUGGCAUCCACAUCGCCAACAGCGGUGACAACCAGCGCAUUGGAACAGCAACUGGAGCGUUAUCGCUUGCAACAAUUGCUGCAACAGCAGCAACAACAGGCGGUGGCAGCAGCCGCAGCCGUUGUCAACAGCGUGCAGCAGCAGCAACAGCAACAGCAGCAACAACAACAGCAUGGCGGACUCUCGCUGGAUGCCAAGGAGGAGGGGCUGCCACAGUGCAAAAUCAAGCGCAACUACAGCUGCAACCAUUGCGCCUACUUCACACAGAAUCCGCGCUACCAUUUGACGCAUCUGCGGGACGUGCACGGCGAGAAGAUUGUGAUCAACAAGUGCAAGCUUUGUUUGUACGCCUCCCGCCACUUUCAGAAGCUGGUGCGCCACAUGAAGAUGGUGCACGGCUGCACCGAUGGCAUUCCCAGCGGUCACGGGCAGGCGCGUGGCAAGCGCGGCAUGAGUCGUGAGGCACGCAAGCGACGGUUGGAGGAGAGCGUGGGGGUUAUGGGUGGUCAGGCGGUGGCCAUUGCGGUGCCCGAUAUGCCCACGUUGGAGCAGGUGAAGCGUGAAUUGCAGCUGCAGGAGCAGAAGUUGCAACGCGACAUCGAAGCGUACAAACAGCGACAACGCGAAGAGUUGCAACGCGAGCAACAGAUGGAACUUGUGUCCAACUAUGAGCGACAAUUGCAGGCAACAUUGCGUGAUCUCGAUGCACGCGACAGUUUCGAGCGUCAAUCCUCGCCCGCGGAGCCACCAACUCCCUCGCCCAGCGGCUCAGCCACGCCUCCACAGCAGGCCGCCUUGUCUUCGGGUGGCGAGGAGCCACAGAAUCGCCUGCUCAAGUGCAGCGCCUGCGAGUUCACCACCCUCUAUCGCACACAGUUGCGGGCUCAUGAGCUGGAGGAGCACGGCAAGACAAAGUUCUUCCGGUGCGACAAGUGCAGCUAUGUGACGCACAUCAAGGCGCGCUUUAGCAAGCAUGUGAAGUACCAUUCGAUGCCGAUGAUCAAGUGCGUCACUUGCGAUUUUCGCACACCCUACAAAUGGAAUCUCGACAGGCAUAUGAAGAAUCAUGGCGGAGCCGGCGCCUUCAAGUGUGCCGCCUGCGAUUUCACUGCGGACAUUAAACAGUCGCUCACAGUACACGAGAUGAAUCAUCAUGUGCCGCCGGUGGGCAAUGCGGGCUCCAUUUGGCCGCGACGACAGAACAAAGUUGGGGCGAGUGAAAUGUGCGAUGAUUUCCUCAGCGAUUCGGCCGAGUUGGAGGAUCAGUAUAACAACAAUAACUUGGACGAUGAUCUGGAGGAUGGCGAUGGCGGUGCGUUGAGCGGUGGGGAGGAGCAUUAUGGCAAGCGCAGCAAGUACGAGGAGGAUGAGGAGCCCACAGAUCUGUCGCAGAAGGGCGGCUGCUCAUCUGACACAUCCAGCGUGGGCACCACAACGCCACGGGCCAAGCGACCCAUGCCCAAUCUGAUUCCCAUCAACAAGAGUCCCAAGGACGUGCUGAACCUUUCCAAGGAUAUGAAUGCCAGUCGCAGCUCUCUCACCGAGAUCGCCUCCAUGUUCUUCAACGAGAAGCAAAUCUCCGAGAUGCUCGACAAAUCGGAUGUGCCACAACUGUCGCCUGCCACCACGAUCACAUCGCAGGCUUCGUCGCGCAGUCUGCUGGCCAAAAAGGGCGGCUCCUUCUUUGACAAACUGAAGACGGGAGCACAGCACGAUAAUCUGGUGUGUCAGUGUGGCUAUGUGGCCAAAUAUCUCUCGGAAUCCAUAAUACACGCCAAGAGCUGUCAAUCGUCGGCGGUUGUUAUCGAGGAUGACGAUGCAGCGCUGCACGAAGAUGAUGCCGACGAUCGCCUGGAGAUCGAUGAGGAUGACGAUGAUCAUCAGUCGCAUUCGGCCUUGAACUUGAGCGUUUCGGGCUCCACUCGCUGUCAGCACUGUCGACAUCGUUGCAAAUCGUCCACAGAUCUGUUGCAUCAUCUCUCGCAAUGCGCCGAAGCCAUUCGCUGUGCCAACGAGAUGUACGAUUCGAAUUCUGGAGAAAGUGCCGAGCGUCGUGUGGAUGCGCACACGUUGCAACAACAAGCGGCGGUGCAACAGCAACGUGUCUGCAUUUGGAACAAGGCGGCCAAGGAAAUUGCCGCCGCUGUUGUGCAGCAGGAUAAGUCCAAUCUGUUGACCAAAUCCCCGAUUAGUCAAGCGACCAGCAAUGAGGAGAACAGCUAUUAUGGCGUGGAAACAGCGCCUGGUUAUGGUGAGGUAACCAAAAAGAUGACGCCCGAAGAAGAAGCAGCCAACUCAUCACUGAAGAAGGUCUACAAGUGUCCACACUGCAGUUUCUGGGCAUCGACAGCAUCGCGCUUCCACGUCCACAUCGUUGGCCAUCUGAACAAGAAACCCUUCGAGUGCUCGCUCUGCUCGUAUCGCUCCAAUUGGCGCUGGGACAUCACCAAGCACAUCCGGCUAAAGACCAUUCGGGAUCCAUCGCAUAAGACGGCCAAGGUGUUGAUGAACGAUGAGACGGGACGACGCAAUUACACCAAGUACAACAAGUACAUUACACUGAUGAAGGUGACCGAAGAGGAUGGCGAUCCGAAGCUUAUGAAAUCCGGUGAAAUGACCCCCAAUCAGGUGGCAUCGUUGGCCUUCUUGAAGGACUAUCAAAAGGUGGGCGUUGGCGCUGCUCAUGACAUCACUUUGGAGCCCGUGUCGCCCAACAAAGUCAACAAUGCACUGGACGACGCUCAGCUGGCGGAUAAUCUGAUUCGUUUGCCAUUGCUGGCAACGAUGAUGAAUGCCGCGAUGGCCAAACAGCAUCAUCAACAGCAACAGCAGCAGGAGCAACAUCACUCCACCAUGAUCACGCCUUCGGUAACCAUUUCGCCAGUGAAACGUUCGCAUCAGCAGCCACCAGGAAAGCCCAGCGAUGAUCUCAUCACUGAGGUGCAUCAGGAGGGCAGCGAGAAGAAGACGUUCUACAGAUGCCGCAAGUGCAACUUUAGACAUCACAAUCGUGACGCGGUGCUGGCGCAUGUCAAAAUCCACUAUCAGGAGUCGAGUUACCCCAAAUCGAAUGCUGUCACAGGCAACAGCAGCAGCACAACACCAUUGCAGGUCUCGGUUAGCUCCAAUCAACAGCUCUAUAUGAAUAAAGUAUUUGCCGCCAUGUGCCUAUCGCAGCAGCCAUCGCCCACAUCGGGCAACCAGGUUGCUGCUGCUGCUGCUGGUGGUGGCAACAAUGGCCAACAACAACAUUCCCUAAUACCAGCUGGAUUGCUGCAGCGUGCCAUUCAAGAGGCAUCACAGCAUUCACCGACACCGAAUGCGAGUGCUUUGAGUGGUCUCGCUUUAGCUCUAGCUGGUGGCAAGACGAUAGCAGCAGCAACAACAACAACAACGUCGACAGCAUCGCCAAAAGCAAAUGCCGCCUCCAUAUUAGAGCACGGUGAGCAGAAAGCGAGUCAAAAUGAGGCAAGUGCCGACAGUCUGACGUCGCCCACAAUCACCAGCAACCAAAACAAUUCGAACUCAAGCACAGCUCGAUCCUUGCAAGAUCUGCUAACAUCACCGCGUACACGACAUGGUCAUCAUUAUGGUGCUCCUGCUAAUUCUAAUGCUAAUACAAAUGUGGUUAUGGGUAGCGGAUAUAACGGCAGCAGCAGCAGCUGCCGGCUGGAUAAGAAGAGCACAUCCUCAUCCACAGCGAGUGCUGCUGCACAACAGCAACUACAACAACAACAAAGCACCUCCACCACAACCACAAUUACAUCGCCUUUGCCAGUAACUACCACUCCUACUCCUAUUUCUACUUUUCCAACUACUACUACUACUACUACUACUACUACUACUGGUGCUAAGUCUUUGGUUCAUACACUGGGUACAAACAAUAACAACAACAACAACAACCCAUCCAAUCACAAUCCAUCCGAUAAUCAUUCCCAUCAAAAUCAAAUCAUCGCCGGUGAUGGCAUCUAUCUGAUGGCAACGGGUUUAAACCAUGCCUCCUUACAUUCUACUACUAUUAAUCUCAAAUCAACGACAACACCAACAAAAACAACAACGCCAACGCCAGGCUCCUCCUCGUCGUGUCUAUCAUCAACAUCGUCUGCGUCAACAUCGGCUGCAUCGGCGUCGUCAUCAGCAUCACAGUCGCCGCAUUCGUCGCCGCCACAAACGAUGACCGGGCAACCGACGACGACGACGGCGUCGCAACGUUUCCAUAGCCAUAGUCCAGGUAGUCCCAGUCUGUUAACGAUGAACGAUACGGAUCGUCGCGAUCCGUCGCCAUAUCGUUGUGGCCACUGCCAUCAAGUGUCCAAUUGGAAGCAUGUGAUUCAGCGGCAUUGUCGCUUAAAGCAUUCCGGGGAUAUUCGGAUCGAGACCCUUGAGCGCAGCUCUGGCAGCAAUGCCCCGCCCAUUUACCGUCCACAGGGCGCUGGCGCCACCAACGAGUCCCAAUCCCAUCUCCUCACCACCACCAACAACAACAACAACUAUAGUAAUAACAACAACAACAGCAACAGCAACAAAUCAAGCAACAACAUCGGCGCCUUGUUGAGCAGCAAACAGUUGGAGCAAUUGUUACAUUCACCACUCUCGGCCAGCGCUGCAGCUGUGGUAAAUGCAGCCACCACACAACAGGACAUUCAGGCAGCUGCCGCUUAUUGGGCUGCGGCCUGCAAAGCAGCGGUUAGCAGCGGCAGCGUCGAAGAGUUGUUGCAACUGCAGCAGAAUGAUCAAAUUGAAAUCACGCGUCUCCCAUCGUCAUCCACAGCAACAACAACGGCAGCAGCAACUGUUGCCACUGCAAUCCACAAUCAACAAGAGUUGCCCAGCAACAACAACAACACAAAGUCCAAGCAACAAAAGUGCCCGGUGUGUCCGUACAUCUCGGAGAGCAAAUCCCAGAUGAACUAUCACGUCUCGUUGCACAAACCGACGCAAUACGAGUGUCGCCUGUGCACUUUCGUCUGCGCCAAGAAGCAACAUCUCAGCAGCCACAUGCGCAGCGUGCAUCAGCAACAACUCGGAGCAGCCACAACUGCCACAGCAGCAGCCGCAGGCAAUUCACUGGGUCUGGACUUCACCAUGGCGUUGCAACGUGCUGCGGCAACCAAACAGAUGCCACAGUUGCCGCUGGCCAUCGAUUUGAGUCAGUUGCAGCUGGAGGAGGAACAGGCCACAACCGAAUUGCCGCCGGAAUAUCAAUACAAGCUCAUCAGCUACUGUCCACGGUGUCCGGCGCGUUUUGCGCAAAAGCAUCACAACGAUGAGCGGAACGCAAAGCUGGAGCUAGAGCAGCAUCUGGCUGAGCAUGCGCCCAACGAACUCGAGUCGGAUGAGGUGCACAUUUGUGCCUAUUGCGAGUAUCGCGCCAGCGCUGAAACUUUGCUGCAACUGCAUCGAGCGGUCCACAUGUCGCACUACCAGGAAAAGUGUCAAGAAUUGUAUAGAAAUUGCAAGGAGGAUGUCAUGUAUCCGGCACCCAAAUUGCUGCAAAUCUCCGGACCCGAAACCAUUUGGGUGGUGGACAAUGAGCUGGGCGCUCAACUGUUGCGUCAAUCGACGACAACCACGACUAAUUUCGAUAGCCAGAAUUCGCUGCUGAAGAAGCAACUCGAAUCGGGCGGCGCAAUUGUGCGGGAGCAAACACCACCGAAGGCCCAAGAGGCCGAGGAGGAUGAGGAGCGUCAGAGCAGCUCGACGCCCUCGACAAGCGCAUCGGUGGCCACCAGUGAUCUGGCUGCCGAUGGUUGCAGCAGCGAGGCGGGCUCCGUGGACAUGCCACAAUCGGCGCCGGCGCCACAACGCUGCCAGCAUUGUCCCUUCGAGACGGAGCAGCAUGAGCUACUGCAGCAGCAUCUGCAGAAGCAUGCGUGCAUCAAUGCACCCGAUGAGGAGGCACAACAAUGUGCUCACUGCGAUUACAAUGCGUUGGAUGAGGCGGAGUUGGAGGAGCACACCGCUGUGCACUUCAAUGCCAGCGAGAAACUCAAAUCCGUGGAGUUCUACACGUGCUACGACAAGCUGGAGAUUAGUGUGGAACAAGAGCCAGAGGCAGAGCAGCUUGAGGCAGCGGAAGCCAAGCAGCCGGAGCACAACAACAACGAGGACAAUGUGGCAAAUGCGAAUGUGCAACAUCCACAAGAAGCUGACGAGGAGGAGGAGAACGAGGUGGACGAGAAAAAGGAACAGCCAGAGGCAAAGAAACCUUGCACCAAGCUGAUACUCUACAAAACCGAUGGCGAGCUGAGUGUGAAGCCAUCGCCGGAGGAGGAAUCAACGGCCACGCAGCGUGGCGAGAACAUUAGCGAUCGGCUGCGACGUCGCAGCUUGAGGGGCAAUGCAACAUCGACAGCGACAGCGACAGUGAUCGCAGAGCCUGCCACAUCACCAAAUGCAGUGGAGACAACGACGGACAAAAUGAUACUGGUCAAUGCCAAGACGGGCAAAGUCAUAUACAGAAAGUAAAGGCGACUAUAUCUAUUUAGAAUAAUCAACUAAAGUUAAUUACAAUUUAUGUUAAUUUGUAUUUUUUUGCGACAUUGUUAAUUUGUUUUGUUGUUUUGUUGGGGUAAACAGUUAGCAAGUAUUUUAUUUUGUUGUUUAAGCACCAAUUAUUAUUAUUUAAUUGUUACUAACACACACACACACACACAGUUGGAACAUGUUCCUGCACUUUCAAUUGUAACGUUAAAGUUAAGUAAUUAAGUUUCUAACCAGUGGAUAUCGAUGCGAAUAUCAGCUGUUAAUUCUUGUUAUCCUUAGAUACUAAAUCUUAUUUCAUUUUUGGAGCGGUGCAAAAGUAUCUUUUACUCUUUAAUUUAUAUUUUUAGCACGUAAGCAACAUAAAAAUGAAUCAAAACUAUAUAUAUAUAUAUAUAUUAAAAAAAAAAAAAAAAAAACAAAACAAAACAAAAUCGGUUUAAACUCUAGUUAAUCUGACCACACAAAAAAGAAAGUUUCAUAGAAAUCAAAACUUAAGAAGAGAGAAAAAAGAAAAACAAAUUCCAAAUUUUGUCUUGCAACAAACAAUUUGUUUUUGAAUGGGAACUGUGAUUAUUAUUAAACAAACAAAAAAAUGAAUAUAUAUAAACUAAAUUUAAAGAAGAGAAAUGCAAGAAAUAUGUGUAGAAUUGAUUUAAAAAAAAAAUGGAAAUGAAAUCUGUAUAAUAAUUUGCAAUAUUUGCAAAAAUAUAUGAUUUUUGUACAACAAACAAACAAAAAAAUGAAAAUAAGAAAACAGCAACAGCGCACAUUGUUAUUUAAGUAAUUAAGUAGUUAUAGUUUAAUUAUGCAUUAAAUGGCUUUUGUUUUAAAAUCAAUUGUUUUUUUUCUGAUUGUUUAUUGUUUCUUACUUUUGUAGCAGAGUGUAGCUGCGAAUAAAAUGUUAUCAUAAACUGUAAGCAAAAGAAAAGAACACACAUGUGGAAUAGCGGGGCCAUAUUUAAAUAGUUUAAAAUAAUAAAAUCAAGAAACAAGCAGACAAGCAAAAAAAAAAAAAAGAAGAAAAUACAGCAACAAACAAAUAAUGAUGAAGAUCAUGAUGAAAUGAUGUAUACAGAAACUUAAUUGAAUUAUGAUAUUCAACCGCAACCGCCUUUGAUAUACAUAUACAUAUACAAAUACAUAUACAUACACAUGUAUCUACAUAUAUAUAAUAUAUCUAUCUAUAUACAUACUAUACAUUUAAAUAGUCUAUAACAGUAAAUAAUGUAAAUAACUUAGUUUUUGUUUACUUCGCACAUAUGUAUUGGUGUACAUAUAAAUAUAUACACACACACACACAUACACAUCUACGGCAUAAAUUUAAACAAUGAAAAUGUACAAAAGAAACAAACAAUUGUUAAUACAACAA